AUGAUACGGGAUGAUGUUCGAGUGUCGGUGGCCACAAAAGAUUCGAGCGCGAACGAUCAGGCUACGUAUCAGUUUGAUCGGAUAUUCACACAAGAUGCAACCCAAGAGGAGGUGUUUCAUGUAGUCAUGAAGGACUCUGUGGACUCAGUCUUGAAUGGGUUCAAUGCAACCGUGCUGGCCUACGGGCAGUCAGGGGCUGGCAAGACACAUACCAUGUUUGGGACAGAGAAGAGUGAUCAGGGGAUCAUCCCGCGAUCUGUGAAGGAGAUCUUCAGGAGAAUCUCAUGCCAUGACUCCGGAAGCAUGUUUGUGGUCAAGGUAGGAAGGAGGAGUGUGUUGUCAACAGAGGAGGGAGAAGUAAGCUAG